AUGUCUUACGAAAUCCCACAAACACAAAAGGCCUGUGUCUUUUACGAAAACGGCGGCCCAAUCACAUACAAGGACAUUCCAGUUCCAAAGCCAAAACCUACUGAGAUUUUAGUCAAGGUUCUGUACUCUGGUGUCUGCCACACCGACUUGCACGCAUGGAAGGGUGACUGGCCUCUAGCUACCAAGUUGCCAUUGGUUGGUGGUCACGAAGGUGCAGGUGUUGUUGUUGCCAAGGGUGAAAACGUCACCUCUUUUGAGAUUGGUGAUUACGCAGGUAUCAAGUGGUUGAAUGGUUCAUGUAUGGGUUGUGAAUUCUGUGAACAAGGUGCUGAACCAAACUGUCCUAAGGCCGACUUGAGUGGUUACACCCACGACGGUUCCUUCCAACAGUAUGCUACUGCUGACGCUAUUCAAGCUGCACACAUCUCCAAGGAAACCGACUUGGCUGGUGUUGCUCCAAUCUUGUGUGCAGGUGUCACUGUCUACAAGGCUUUAAAGACUGCAGACCUUAGAGCAGGUGAAUGGGUUUGUAUUUCCGGUGCAGCUGGUGGUUUAGGUUCUCUUGCUAUUCAAUAUGCAAAGGCUAUGGGUCUGAGAGUUGUUGGUAUUGACGGUGGUGACGAAAAGAAGGAAUUGUGUAAAUCCCUUGGUGCUGAAGCAUUUAUUGAUUUCACAAAGACCAAGGAUAUCGUCAAGGCUGUCCAAGAGGCAACCAAUGGUGGUCCACAUGGUGUCAUCAAUGUCUCUGUCUCUGAAGCUGCAAUUUCUCAAUCUUGUGAAUACGUUAGACCUCUAGGUAAGGUUGUUCUUGUUGGUUUACCAGCAGGCGCACAAGUCAAAACUGGUGUCUUUGAAGCCGUUGUCAAGUCUAUUGAAAUUAAGGGUUCUUAUGUCGGUAACAGAAAGGAUACCGCCGAAGCACUUGACUUCUACACUAGAGGCUUGGUCAAGUCUCCAUUCAAGAUUGUCGGUUUAUCCGAAUUGCCAAAAGUCUUUGAACUCAUGGAACAGGGUAAGAUUUUAGGUAGAAUGGUCUUAGACACCUCCAAAUAA